AUAAAAAUAUAGUACAUUUUGGAAUUCCAGCUACCUCUAAUAGAAAGUCAUACAUAAUAAUAUAUAUAUAACUAUUGAGUGCUUACGUAAUAACCUGGUAGCACCUCAUGUAUAAAUACCUCUUUCAAUGAAUGAAAUGAUCACAAGUUCAAAGCAUUUCUUUCUCAGCCUCUUGUGUUUUUUCAUUGCUUCAAAAGUUUCUCAAGUCAUACUAAACCAAAACCAAAGUACAAGGCUAAAUUUCAAACAAAAUUAUUAGAUAUAUAGAUGGAUAUCGACCUAUCAAAAAUCACACUCCGUCCAUUCAAUCUAAGGGACGUGGAUGAUGUGAUGCUAUUCGUCGGUGACGAUCAAGUGACUCGAUAUCUUCGACGGAGAACUUUGACCUCCAAAGAUGAGGCGUUGACUUUCUUAAAAGAUGUUUGUAACCCUGAUCAUCACCAUUGGCACCGCUCUAUAUGCAUUGAUGACCGUUCGAUUGGCUUCAUCUCAGCAUUCCCAGGCAGUGAUGAGAGCAUGUUCAAGGCUGAGAUGAGCGCUGGUGUGGCCGCUGAGUAUUGGAGCAAAGGAAUAUUUACACAGGCCAUGAAAAUAGCAGUUGCUCAAGUUUUCAAGGACUUACCUCACUUGGUAAGGCUGGAAGGUUUUGUUGAUGUAGACAAUAAGGCCUCUCAAAGGGUUUUAGAGAAAGUUGGGUUUCGAAAAGAGGGUCACCUUAAGAAAUAUAGUUUUCACAAGGGAAAACUCAGAGAUUGUUUUAUUAAUAGUUUUUUGUCCACUGAUUUGCUUCCCUCAAAGUUGUAAUUACAUAUCUAUUUUUAUCUUUAUUUAUAGUUUCUUUAAAUUAA